UAAGAAAAAAAAUGCUAUCCAUUAUAAUAAAUGUCCAUCCCUUUCGGUGWUGGAUGUUAUUGAAUCAGUAAGAAACCAUUCUGUUGUGGCAGGUCAUUAAUCAUGGACAGCGGCAAGACCUAAUGSUCUAUUAACAUAGUCUUCGUUUCCCCACAAAAAUUCACGAUAUUCAUGUAUCAGCCAAUCAGGUUGCAGUWAAGGUAAUGCGAUACAAUGAUGCUUGUCUCAUCCUGGCUGGAUUCCCGCUCCAGUCAUAAAUCAUCCGUCUCGUUUACUAAUCAAUACAAUAGACAAGGUCAAACUACCUUACCAUGGUAUCUUUUGAAUCAAGUGACUUUAAAAGUCUCCUAAAUAUGAUGUCCAUCGUGUAGGGGUCAGUUGAAGAAGUUGAUAGCACUGUUGUCGCCUUGAUGUGAUAAAUGUUUUGAAAAGGAAAACCGCUACUUGACACAUUAAUCCAUUUUCCAUUCUAUUCCCAUAAACAUAACACUUUGAUACAUUUUAGACUAUUUCAUGCCUUUCACUUGCUUUUUUCCCAAUAUUUCAUCACCAUUGAUGUCUUUCUUGUUUGUCAUUGGUUGUUUUUGUCACAUGAUUGAUGUUUGUUCUACUAUGACGGCGUUGGUCGGUGUCAAUGAGCCAUAAAUCAAGUUCGCGAGAUAAUCAUGGACUUUUCAUAUCCGACUCCAGAAAUCCUUUAYCAACAAUCCGUGUCAUCAUCCAGAUCUUGUGACUAUCGCUUUAACUCAUUAAGAAUUCCACAGCAACAAGAGCAGCCCUUUUUUAUUUCUACACCUUCGAGUGUUGUAUCGCCAAACUGCAGGGGUGUCCAAGACUGGAACAACGGGAGCUUCACUCCCCAAGUCCACAACUACCUCCUUCAACCUAUUUACCCAUGGAUGAGGUCAAAACAAACUGGUCCACUGAAAAAUGGAAGAAAAAACGUCAAGAGACAUCGAACAAGCUACAACAACAAGCAGUUGCUUGAAUUGGAGAAAGAGUUUCACUUUAAUCGCUAUCUUUGUAGUACAAGAAGACAUGAAAUUGCAAAAUCUAUGAAUCUUAGCGAGCGGCAAGUCAAAGUGUGGUUUCAAAAUCGUCGAAUGAAAUGGAAAAAAGAUGAAAAAGAGAAAACCAUUCAAAGCCAGAGACUUCAAAACGGUGCAAUUUAUCAGGAAGAAGAAGAAGAAGAUGAUGAAGAUAAUGAAAACGAAGAGGACAUUUUCUUCGAGCAAUCGUUUAGAACUCUUCCCAGACUACCUGGGUUACCUUCGUUUYAUCGCGGACCAUCCUUACAGACAAAUAGUCCGUAUCAAAGGCAGCCUUCGUAUGUUUCUAACAGUCGACUAGGAAGUCUUCGAGGUCAAAUACACUGACUCAAGCUUUAAUAUAUCCUUCAUGGACAUAUAUAUMAAAUUAUGGAUUGGUACAAAGUUACCUAAUUACGUACUCAUGAACGUGAAGUUUCAGCSAUAAAUAUCAUCACUAUUAUUCGUUCUUUUUGUUAGAAAUAAAUAUAAUGCUCAACUGAAUGCUUUUGUUSUGAAUUUUUCAAGAGCAAGUUCUAGUUCUGAGGAAGGUUCCCUGAUGGCUUAGCGAACAUCCGGAGAUGCUCAAGACUGUCCGGCUGUAUGCAAAAUUAAUUAAUCCAAAAAAUGAUCGCCUUUUUAUUUCCUAUUGAGAUUUAAAAGGUCUAGUGCUUAACACUGAAUGCAAAUCUGCGAGAAAAACUUGUCGAAUAUAACAAAACAGCACAAAAAUGUGAUCAACACUGAUGUAUGUCUGAACAAAGUUCUCUUGUACAUGGAUGCCACGUACGAAUACAUUCCUUCGCACAUCACGAAAUUAGUUUUAUUUUUGUCAAAAAUAGUAUUCCGGCUUUUAUCAGUUUAACAGGAAAGAGGUUUAGCGUUUGAAAUAAAGUAACMAGAUUUCAUUCUMAWUUUUGAAGGRUUUGGAAUUUACUGAACAUUAACUGAAUGCGAGCGGCGCRAAUCACAAAAUGGCCGCCUUGAAARACCAAAACUACCGAACAAAUCGCGCUGAAAGAAAGUUUGAAAGCGUGCACAAAGACUCCAAGGUUUUGGUCAAAUAUUUUCAUGACUAAUCAACCAUUCAUAAAAUCAAUAAAAUAGGACAAAAUAUAUUAAACUCCAUAUAAAAUAAAACCAUCUGAGUAACAAUGUGGACCUCUGAAGUCAUGUGGACUCUUUUUGUAACUCAACAGUAUUUGAUUCUGUCUGUUAAUAAACGCCAGUUUUCUUGUCU